AAUAUUACAGAUAAGGCAAAUGUAUUAUGGAGUGAAAUGUCUUUAAUUAUAUUUCUUUGGAAUAUAACAUAGCCUGAAUAACAAUUAGAAGAAAAAAUAAGAUUGCAUAGCAAACAGAUACAAUAGCUAAAAGAAUAUGCCAAAUAAAUGUAUAUUCCAUGCGAAGUAUAACUUUUCUCAUUGAAAAAGCUUUCAUCUAUCUCUGAAAGACUGUUAUAUAUUCUAAUGCAGCUUCCUAGACAACUUCCAUAAUUCGGAUGUAGCCAUUGCCUGCAUCAAAUGGACCUCCACCAUUGAUGAGCCAGCUUCUCCAUGAGAAACCAAGAAGCUUGGAUGGUAGAAUUUGGAUGAGUAACCACCAUAACCCAUGGAGGACCCUUCAGACUGUCACUCAUCAUGUCCUGGUCAGUUCAGUGCUUGACUAUUGAGAUGUACUCUACAUGUAAGUACCCUUGAAGAUCACCCAGAAGCUUCAACUGGUCCAAAAUGCAGAAGCAUAAGCAGUGGUGGGCAUGCCUUGGUAUUUCCAUGUAACACGUUUGCGCUAGUAGUACUCGUUGCCAGUUUGCUUCUGGGUGUGAUUCAAGUUGCUGAUUGUACAGUAAAUCCAAUCUGGCAGGGUUAGCAUACUCCAAGUUCCUUUGAUUAAACAAUGCAUCUAUCCUAAAACCUAGAAGCACAAUUCCCUAUAGCAAUGUCUUCCUUGAGAUUCAAGCAAACACCCUACUGGUGUUUCAAGGGGUCCAGAAACUCUUAAGAUUAUGGGGCUUGUUUUUUCUUUGUUCUCAUCCAAUAUUGCCAUCUUUUUUUGGUUGUUCCCUUAUUUUUAGAUGUUUUUAACAAUUGGUAAACUACUCACAAGUUGCUAGGAAUUGGGGGGGGGGUUUAUAAAUUUAAUAAAUAAAUAAAAUAAAAUUGAUCAGAACUAUAGGCUAAACUGGAAAGUUAGAAAAAUAUACUGGAAAAAGACAAUGGCAAACCACUUCCAUACUGUUGCAAAAAAAAUGUAUGAAAGUGUUCAGUAACACACCAAGGAUUGAGCUUGCCUCAGACAUACAACCUUUCUUGGGUAAGCAUGUAGCACAAAAUAUUUUACUUUAUUUAAAUACAGUUAAAUUUAAAUAAUCUGCACAAUUGUUCUCCAAUCGCUUAAUAAUCUAUUGUCUCAAAAAGUUAAUAUUUGGUAAAAGAGAACCGGGUGCUGCAUAGAAUCAGAAGUCAGGCUAUGUACCUGCAAUAUAAAAACAGACGAAGUACUAAAAGGUAAAGUAUACUAAACUCAAGUUCAGCUCCUGGCGACAGGAUGGACACAAAGAUAUUGCUUAUUUGACAGUAAUAGAGACCAAGAGAGAAUGCUAUAAAAAGCAAGAGAGCUUGCCCUUCGCUUCUUCAGGGUAUUUUUAUUUAUUUAUUUUUCAGUCCACGCUAUAACAGAGGUUUCCUAGUGGUCUUUCAUCUAAAAAGUAACCAUGCUUAACGCUGAUAGUUUUGCCUUCCCCUUUUCCGAACACCUGAGCGAAUCCAUUUCCCCUUUUGUUUUCAGUGCGGUCCUACCAUUACUGAGCGUGAGUAGGGACUGACUAUGUUAAAUAAUCAGUUUCCCUGCUUUUCUUGUACAAGUAUGUCCCUUUCUCGUCCUUCUCUGAAGCCAAAGCGCCAAGGGAAGCCCCAGAGCCGAACCUCUCCAUGCGUAUGUACAACUCUCGAUCCCCUCGGAGAGCGAUUGCGCCACCGCCAUGUGGGCGCGCGCGCGCUUUUCGCGUUCCCUUUUUUUUUUUCCCCUAGCGCGCCCAACGGGCAUCUUGCUCUCGGCGGCGUCAACCAAUGGCAGGCGGGGAAGCCUUUCCUAUAUCCGAUGACGACAGCGAGGCACAGAAGAGCGCGCAACCAAACGCCUCAUCGGUCACGGCGACCCGAAAGCUGCCAGGGAGAAGCUGGCUGUUUUUUUUUCCCUUCCCAUCCUUGCUCGGCGCUUUGUGAGCGACGCCAACUGCCGCCAUUUUGUGAGCGUGUCCAGCCUCCGCCCCCAUCCCUGUCCAUUCCGCGCGCGCCAUUGGUCCUUUUUUCCCGUCUUUCUCUCUCUCUUGUUAGCGAGCGGGCGGGCGCCAUGUUUGUAAGGAAGACAUAAUCAGAGCAGCUCAUCUCUCCGGCCAACGUGUCCCGUCUUCCUCCCUUCCGCUCUGCCUGUUUCUUCCUGCUGCCUCCUUCCUCCGUAUGGUCUGUGUGUACCGAACUCCUCCUCAUAAGCUGCAUUUAUCUCCCAUCUCUUUUUUUCCCCGUGAGGUGCAGGACAGCCUCCCCUCGGACGGCCGUUUAAAAAAAAGUGUAGCUUAUUUUUGUGUUCCCCCCAAUUCAGUAAAUCAGUGAGGGAAGUCUUGUUCGCCGUUGCACGGAGGGGACACUUCGCGUCGUCCACCCUUGUAGACGCAGCGCCGCCGCUCCCUCGUGUGUGUGUGUGUGUGUUUGUGUGUGCGCACGACUGCGCGCCGCCUCCACCUCCUCUCCCUGCGCCCUACGACUGGCAGCAGCGUCCUGCCUUCCUCCCCCCUUCCUCCUCCUCCUCCCUGCACACAGGCACAGCCAGCACAAUGGCCUUUGAAAGCCUAUUCUCCAAGCCCCCAAACCCAGUUCUUGACCAAAACAUGCCCGACUCUGACAGGCAACAUGCAGGGGACGAAAGAGAGGAUGGUGAACUUGAAGAUGGUGAAAUAGAUGAUGCUGGACUUGAGGAAGAUAAGGAAGAAAAAGGGCACAAAAGUGAAGAUAAACCUAAGAAUGAAAAAUCUCUAUGGAAAUCACGAAAGAAGCGCAAAAAGGAAAAAGAGAAGAAAAAAUCAAAAGGAGAAGGCGAGAUAAACCACAAGCAUAAUUCACCUUCUAGUGAUGAUAGUUCUGACUAUAGCAUUGACUCUGAUGUUGAACGUACAGAAAGAUCUCAUAAGAAAGGAGCUGGUUUCUAUAGAGAUUAUGAGUCUUCAUUCCUUCAGCAAGGGCAUAUUUCAGGAAAAUAUAACCCUUCACAGAAGAUACAGCAUAAUAAAAAAUCAAAAAGCAAAGAUUAUGAUAAUUACAGUGAUGAUUUUGGCUACAAUGAAGAUGAAAAAGAUGAUUUUGCUGACCAGUUAAAGCAAUAUAGACAAGCUAAAGAAACUAAUGAGUUAGAAGUUCCGAUUUCAAAAGAAUCAGGGAAAAAGCAAGGGAUGAAAGGGAUUCACAAAGGUGCUACACAAACAAGCAAUAGUUAUGGUAUUGGCCGAGGGCGCAGCAUGCAAAAGAAACUGAAACGUAAAGAUCGUGGAAGAGGAAGAGGGGUAAAUAAAGGAUCUGAGGAAGAAAUGAAGCCAGUAAAGAAAUGGCCAACUAUGAGUCAGGCAUUCAUAAACCAGCAUACUGUGGAACACAAGGGAAAACAAAUAUGUAAAUAUUUCUUAGAAGCCCGAUGUAUUAAGGGAGACCAGUGUAAAUUUGAUCAUGAUGCAGAAAUAGAAAAGAAAAAAGAAAUCUGUAAAUUUUACAUUCAGGGUUAUUGUUCCAAAGGAGAAAACUGCAUUUACAUGCAUAAUGAAUUUCCUUGCAAGUUCUAUCAUACAGGAGCAAAAUGCUACCACGGUGACAAAUGUAAGUUUUCUCAUGAUCCUCUAACUAAAGAGACAAAAGAACUGCUUGAUAAGGUACUGAAUACUGAAGAAGAGCCUCAGAAUGAUGAUGAAAAAGAAGUGGAAGAACUUAGGAAACGUGGCAUAGUUCCUCUUCCUAAGCCACCUCCGGGGGUUGGACUUUUGCCCACCCCACCAGAGCCAUAUUCAUUUAUGGAGGAAGAUGCAGAAAACUUUCAGGAUCCCUCUGGUGAAUUCAAGAAAAUUCCAUCUCUUUUUGAAAUAGUUGUGAAACCUACUGUGGAUUUAGCACAUAAAAUUGGGAAAACUCCACCAGCAUUCUAUAAUAGUACAUCACCCCCUGGACCAGAGUUUGAAGGGAAUGAUCCACACAUGUAUAACACAGAAUCAAGCCCAGGACAUAAUGGACCAACAGGGCACUCAGGUUCUCCUGGUCAUCCCUGUAUUGGUCCAGUGGUCCCACAUAGUCCACCUUUGCAGCCAGUUCCUGCAGGAUACUUAGGAGCACAAGGUCAAGCUGGUGGACCUAUGCAUGGAAAUCAGGGUGGCCCACCUUUAACACCACCUGGUGUGUCAUACAACUGUGCAGUUGCUCAAGAACAUAUGGCAAACAUGCCCAGAGACAAUCACUGCCCACCUGGUCCACCAUAUCAGCACAUUCCUAGUGAACGGCAGCCAAAUCCUGCAUAUGAGACUCUUCAGAAUCCACCUAAUUUCUAUGACAACUACUAUUCACAUCAGGCUGUGCAUAAUUUCCAAACAACCAAUAAUACUAAUGAUGCUACAUGGCAAGGAGACUUUACAGAACACCAGUCUUACAUAAAUUCUUCAGAUUCACAUAACAGUGGAAAUGAAUAUGAAUCAGAUUGUGCCACUACAGCAGGACACAAUUCGGCUAUGAAUGUACCUGAUUUUCUUCCUGCAAUGCAGAAAGCCCUUUUUGUAAGGCUCAGUCAAAAACAUCAAGAUGAUGGAGAACAGAUGAGCAAUCAGUGUCAAAGGUCACUAAGUAGAGAAGAAGAUGAUAAUGUAAAUUGGUACUCUAGUAGUGAAGAAGAAGAAGGAAGUAGUGUUAAAUCCAUAUUGAAGACCUUAAAAAAACAAAGUGAAACGUUUCGAAAUAAGCAGUCAGCAGAUCAGCAACUGCGUGUUAUGCCUGUUGACCCGAGACUUGCUAAGGAACGUGGUUCAGGAAACCAGGCUGUUGAUCCAAGACUCAGAUCAGCUUCAAGAACAAAUGCUAGGAAAUCAUCAGAAUCAGGAGUCUUGGACCCAAGGCUUGCACGAGAUCCAAGAACUUUAAAGGGUAAUGAAAGUAGUCAUGGAAGCUCCUCUACUAGUGGAGCAAAACUGGAUGUGCAUUACCCACAGCCUGUUGUCAAGAUCAUGCAAAAAGGAUUGGAUGAAGAUGAUGAAGAUGCUGAAAGAGAGUUAAGAGACAGAGCUUUUCUCAUACCGUUGGAACCUCUUCCUGGAGUAACAUUACGAGAUCCAAGAUCUCAGCUUAGACAGUUCAGCCAUAUUAAAAUGGACAUUGUUCUAAGCAAACCCAAUUUUGCUAAGCAUAUUGUAUGGGCUCCUGAAGAUUUACUCCCAGUACCUUUGCCAAAACCAGAUCCAGUAUCUUCAAUCAAUUUACCCCUUCCUCCACUUAUAGCUGACCAGCGAUUUAAUCAAUUAAGGAAUAGCAAAAGUGAUUCUAUCCUAAGUACGGUUCCCUCUGAUCCACGACUAGCAGCAAAAGCAAAAAAUAAUAUAAAUUUAGCAAACAGGAGUGGAUCUUUGGAGCACUCUACAGAUUUGCAUCCUGGUAAUACAAAUAAACUAGGAGAUCCUCGCUUACAAAAAUCCACUGAUCCCAGGCUGCAUAGACUGUCCAGUACAGACUCCCAUCAUGGAACGGUGAAGGAACUUUUGCCUUCAAAAACUGAUCCUAGGUUGGCCAGAUCCAGCACUAGUGCAUCACAGUCAUCGGAAGCUGCAAUCUUCCAGUCUGACUCAGAUAUAUUGCCUCCCUAUGCACCUAAGUUGUCAUCUGCAAGUUCCAAACUAGGGACUUCUAGUUCAAUAAUAAGUGGUAUUAGUUUGUAUGAUCCAAGAAAUCAUACUUCAUUGGAUUCUUCUCCAGUUAAUUCUGGAGAGAAUGGAGAGAACCAGAAAAAGGGUAUUUUGAAAAACACUGGUCAGAAUGAAGUAGCCACCUCAGAAGAACAGUUGCCUCAAAAAGCAUCCCUGCAUGUAGAAAAACAUGUGGAAGCAUUUGGGGAAACCAAUUCAGAGAAAGUAGCUAAUCUGAAUAAAUCUCAGGCUAAACACUCCAGUUCUGCUCCAGCGGUGCACAACCUUCCUAUCCAAGCUUUAUCAGGGUUAAUCAGACCACAAUACAGUGAUCAGAGGCAAGUAAGGCAGCCUGGGCAGAUCACUCCAGCACUAGAAAAUGAUCCAAAUGGGGAAUCGGAUGACAAAUCGCUGAAAGAUGUUUUCAAGACUUUUGACCCAACUGCUUCACCAUUUUGUUAGCUAAUUGUUAAGAUUUUUUACCAUUGUGAAUAAUGCCAGUUUCCGCAGUUUUGUAACUGGGUUUACCUCUAUGCUUUAUUUAUUUUUAAAUUAUAACCAGAAAUACUUUGGGGCUGCUAUUUUCAGAACCACAUGCAGUAAUACUAUAGUGUUUGCCAAUUUGGUAUUUUCUAUAUAAGUUUCCCAUUUCAGGGAUAUGAAUCAUUGAUCCGUUUAAAUAAAAGUGUAUAUCAUGUUAGGUCCAAAAGAAGCACUUUCAUUGUAAAUCAUCAUUAAGGGAUUCAAUUUGAAGACUUGUAUAUGUGUAAUGUCUCUUUUCAGAAUCAGCAUUUUAUGUUUGCCACUUUUGUAUGAUUGUACAGUUUCAAGCAAUAUAAUGUACAUUACUAUGAGAAACAUUAUUUAAGAUGAUAAUUAUCUAAUCUUCUUGAGCCCAACUUGUUAAGCAUUUGACACAGGGCAACAUUUUUUUACUCAUGACUGAUAUUCUUAGCCUAAAAAUACUGUAUUACAUACUGAGGAGCGGAAUAAACUUUUUAAAGUAUUUUAUUCUAUGCUGUAUAUAUGCAAAGGACAUAACUAAAACAUUAUUGUUAAAAUAGAAAACACCUAGGUCUAUAAAAUGUAUUUACUUUUUCAUGUAUACCCUAUUCUCUAUUGUGUUAUGUCACAUUGUGGUGUUCAUGUAUUCAAUGUAUUUUUGUAUUCUGCUACUUAAUUUGUAUUGCUUUUUUGUAUUGAUGUAAUGACAGUAACAUGUAUUCAUGUGUCUGGCAUUUUUAACAAAUUAAAAGAGUGAAAUCUC